AUGAAAGUACAACCCCUUGAUGUCAAACCUCAAACAACAGUUGCCACAGACGAUGCUGCAACGACAACCUCUAACUGCAACAACUUACACCCAAGUCAUUUCUCAGAAGUUCAAUUACUUCAACAACAAUUUUUAUCCAUGGUGAAACGAAUGAAAUUGUACAAGAGUUUUAUUCCAGCUCAUUUGUUGUCUGAGAUUGAUGAACAACAAGAUCUCAAUACUCAAUCUCCGAAUCAACAACCAUACAAGGUAUCAGGAGUCAAUGGAGACUCCAAUUCGAGUUCCAUGUCUCAUAGUCAAUCCUCUGUGGAGAGUAGCUCGAAACGUUCCUCCUCCAUGAAUGAACCAAAAAGUAUGCAUCAAAAUAGUUCUAAAAAAAAGUAUUCCAAAGAUGUGAACAAGUUUGCCUUGUAUUUGGAGUCCAAGAAAGUGACUUUGAUUCAUGUGCUGUUAGAAGGCCUUAAUGAUUUACUUCAUUCUCUUGCUCCUCAAGAAACAGUGUCUCUAUUAAGUGAUGUCUUUGAACAAGUGAAUAGUAUGUGUAGGAGUCAUGGAGCUGUUCAAAUUGCACUUGAAAAUGAUUCACUAACCAUUUCUCUAAACGCAACUCACAAACAACAAAAUCAUGAGGUCAAGGGAGCACAAUUAUGUCGAUCUCUCAAUGAAAAGCUAUUAUCUUUAAAGUUUAUGAGGUGGAAAUCGAAUGAAGCUUUAAAAAAGAGACCUCACCUCAUUGAUGUUUUGAAUUUUAGAUUUGCCAUGUUAUCUCAUGAAUGUUAUUGUGGAAAUCUUGGUACCUCAGAAGUGAAACAAUUUACCUUGUUGAGUAGUGGCAAACAAAAUCUAUUGAAAAUGAUUAGUGUAGCAAAAGAAAUGAAUAUUGCCAUUGUUUGCUCAGAAUCAGUUCGAAAUAGUUGUUUGAAAUUCUUUCAAACUCGUUACAUUGAUACUCGAUCAUUCACAGAUGACACGUUUGUAUCUUCCUUCAAUGAAGGAGAGGUACCACAACAAGACACUCAUAUAUACGAAAUUGGAGUGUCAUUGGAAAAACAAGAUGAUGAGUGGAUGUAUGAAUUGGCAGAUCAACAACAAAAGAACAAAUGGAAUUCCUACAAUCAAGCAUGCCAAUUAUUCUUUGAAAAGGAUUAUCAUCGUGCUGUGGAGCUCUUCCAAGAAUAUUAUCAAAGCAACACCAAUGAUAAACCAACUGAAAACAUGAUCCACAAAUGCCAAACUCUCAUGUAA